UAUUUUAUCAUCAUUGGGUACUCUUACAUCACUUAAGACUUUGAUUCUUAGUGGUAUGCCUGAUACAAUGGCAGGUUCCUUCCCUAUCCAAGAAUUAAAUAAUUUGAUAAAUUUGGAAGUAUUGGAUUUGCGUUACAAUCAAUUCAACGGCUCCCUUUUAAGCCUCUCAAAAGGAUUAUGCAAAUUCAAAAGUCUCGUUGAGUUGGGUCUCGGAGGAAAUCAAUUUUCUGGCCCUCUUCCGGAAUGUAUUGGCAACUUGACCAACCUCCAAGUUCUUGAUCUGUCAUUCAAUCAGUUGAGUGGCAACUUUCAAUCUGUUGUUUCUAAACUCACAUCCCUCAAGUAUUUGCUACUUUCUGGUAAUGAGUUUGAAGGCUUAUUCUCAUUUAGCGCUUUGGCUAACCACUCUAAGCUUGAAGUAUUUCUACUCUCUUCGGGAAGUAGGAGGUUAGAAUUGGAAACAGAACAUCCUACAUGGUUUCCUACAUUUCAACUCAAGUACAUUGACUUGUCGAAUUGCAACUUAAAUGUGAGAACUAGAGCAAUUCCUAGCUUUCUUCUCUACCAAAAUGACAUACGCUUCAUUGAUCUCUCUCACAAUAUGCUGUUUGGGACGUUCCCCUCUUGGAUCUUACGAAAUAACUCCAAGUUACAAGUUAUGAAUUUGAUGAACAACUCAUUUACGGGAACUUUUCAUCUACCAAAUUACAAGCAUGAUUUGCUUAAGUUUGAUAUUUCGAGCAACAACAUCACUGGUGUGCUGCCUAAGGAGUUUGGUUUGGUCCUCUCAAAUCUACUCUAUAUAAACAUGUCAAGAAAUAAUUUCAACGGUAAUGUUCCUUCUUCAAUUAGUGAGAUACAAGAACUAUAUGUUCUGGAUUUAUCCCAUAAUAAAUUCUCAGGAGAGUUGCCAGGAAGUCUGUUUGCAAAUUGUACCAUUGAUUGUACACUGAUUCUGUCAAACAAUAAUCUUCAGGGGAACAUUUUUCCUCAAAAUAUGAACUUGAGAAGCUUGACGACAUUGGAUAUGAAAAACAACAACUUCAGUGCGAUGAUAGGCGUAGACUUCUUGGACAGAUCCUCCUUAUCUUUUUUGGACAUAUCCAAUAAUAAGGUAUCAGGUCCAUUUCCGAGACAACUAUGUAAUAUGAGUAGUCUUGAAUUUUUAGACCUCUCAGAAAAUAGGUUAUAUGGGCCUAUGCCUUCUUGCUUCAAUGCUUCAUCAUUGCGCUUCUUGUUUUUACAAAAGAACAGUCUAAAUGGAUCCAUACCCCAUGUGCUUCUUAGAAGUCCUAAUUUAGUGGCACUUGAUCUGACAGAUAAUAGUUUUUUUGGACAUAUUCCAUCUUGGAUCAGUCAGCUCUCCCAAUUGCGUGUGCUUUUAUUGGGAGGUAAUGAAUUGCAUGGCAGUAUUCCUAAUCAGUUGUGUGAAUCAAGAAAUGUGAGUAUCAUGGAUCUUUCAAGUAAUUUACUUUCAGGUUCCAUACCUUCGUGCUUUAAUAACAUAUCUUUUGGGAAUAAUAUAUCAUUUAGAAUGACGGGAGUCGAUUAUUUUUACCCUAUGAACGAAAGAUAUGAAGUCGUUUGUGCUCCAAGAGAUAGCAGUAUUGACUUGAAUCUGCCUUGUUUAUAUUGGAAUUCUUUAGAAGAUGUGGAAGUGGAAUUUGCAAUGAAAUAUAGAUACAACUCUUACAGGGGUGAUAUUAUCAACUUGAUGGCAGGAAUAGAUUUAUCAUGCAAUGAGUUAAGUGGUAGAAUUCCUCAAGAAAUGGGAGACCUGCAUGGAAUUCGGUCAUUGAAUUUGUCUAACAAUCACUUAAUAGGAUCUAUACCAGUCAGUUUUUCAAAUUUAAGGACUUUAGAGAGCCUAGAUCUUGGCAACAACAAUUUGAAUGGUGAAAUUCCUAGUGAACUAGUUAUGUUGAAUUUUUUAGAAAUCUUCAAUGUUUCAUACAACAAUUUGUCAGGUAGAGUUCUUGAUAAAGAGCAAUUUGGGACUUUUGAUGAAAAUAGUUACAAAGGUAACCCCGGCCUUUGCGGACCACUCAUUCAUCGGAGCUGCAGUACUGAUGAAACUCCACCACCAUCACCAUCUAUUGAUGUAGAAGAGGAAGAUGAAGGUGGUAUUGAUAUGGUGUGGUUCUAUUGGAGUUUCUGUGCAUCCUAUGUCACAAUUCUAUUGGUGUUGGUAGCAAUCCUCUGCAUCAACAAGCAUUGGUGCAUGUUAUGGUUUAACUUGAUUGAUAUUUGUAUUAAUUCAAUUUCGAUUUGGCUCAACCAAUAAUAUGUCUAGUGUCUAUGCAAAAAUGUAAGCUUUUGCUAGUGCUUGAAGAACAUGAGAGCUCCAUUGAUACGAAUAUUAUUGGUAUGGGUUAGUCAUUGUAAUAAUUGAAAUUUGAAGCCAAAACAUCAACAUUAUUUUAAUGUGCUCUUUAAAUUUACUUUUAUAUUUUUAUUAUAUUAA